AUGAAACCCUACCAGUUAGGAUCCAAGGUGUGGAAAAAAGCGACAGUUGCAUCGCGACUUGACGAACGACCUUAUGUAGUUGAAACGGCAAAUGGAAAGACAUACAGAAGAAACAGAUUCCAGCUAAAGAAAAGCAAGGAGAACGCAGAUACUCCUGAACCAGAA